CUAACGUGGUUCUCUAAAUAUCCACCCCCUUCCCCUAUAUAACUAACCCACCACCACCUUUCUUCCACCAUCAUCAACAACCACCAUAACAACAACAACUUUCUCUCAAUCAUUCAUUCAUUCUAACAUGGCAGCUACUUCAGUACUGUUCACGGCAACCCCCGUUGCACGUCUCACCACCACCACCCCUUCUUCAUCUAGAAGAAACAUCAACUUUGCUGUCGUCAGGUGCAUGUCACAAGAUCAACAGUCUUCACCGGCACCGAAGAAGGCGAGCACUAAGUUCUCCGACGUGUUGGCGUUCAGUGGGCCUGCACCGGAGAGGAUCAACGGAAGGUUGGCGAUGAUAGGGUUUGUGUCGGCGUUGGCGGUGGAGUUAAGCAGUGGUCAAGAUGUGUUAUCUCAGAUCUCCAACGGUGGCGUGCCGGUAUUUGUAGCGACGAGUGUGGUGCUGUCACUGGCGUCGUUAGUGCCGUUGUUUAAAGGGGUGAGGGCAGAGUCGAAGUCGAAUGGGUUGAUGACGUCGGAUGCAGAACUGUGGAAUGGGCGGGUUGCGAUGUUGGGUUUGGUGGCUUUGGCUAUCACCGAGUAUGUCAAAGGCAGUGCACUUGUAUGAUCAAUUUCUUUAAAAAAAAAAAAAAAGUCUUACAAGAAUGAUUUUUUUUUUUUUUUUUUUUUGAAGUUGUGAUACUUUUAGGUACAAUGAAAGUUUAAUUAUAUCGAGUUAGGAUGGGAAAGUCAGUAGACAUGUACUUAAAAAGCUUGUAACUUGUGUGUAAUUGAUGAAAUGUUUUGAUUUAUGAA